AGCAUUUUGGUAUUUGGUGUUUUUAUUAUUUUUAUUUUUAUAUUUUUGUUUUUAUUUUUAUUUUCUUUUUUUUUUAAGCUCUGAGGGGGAGUUUGACUCGAGUUGUUCCAAAUUUCCCCCAAAUUUGUAGUAAAAAUUGGGGAUUUGGGGGCUUCUGAUGCGGAUUUGUGAUCCAAAUUCCUUCAUCUGAGAGGAAUUUCUCCAAAUGGGAAAUCGGAGGAUUUAGUAAGUAUGUUAAUUCUCAGUCGAAUGAUGUGUUAAGGGUGAUCUCUUGUUGUCGGUAAUAUAAUGGAUUGCAAUAGAGACGAAGCGCUUCGGGCGAAAGCGGUCGCGGAAAGGAAGUUCUACUCGAGGGACUUUAAGAGUGCUAGGAAAUUCGCUCUCAAGGCACAGAACCUCUUUCCCUCGCUCGAUGGCAUCGCCCAGAUGGUCGCCACCCUAGACGUCUAUCUUGCCUCGGAAUCGAAGUCCAACGAGGAGAGCGAUUGGUAUUCAAUCCUCUCGCUCAAUCCAUUUUCGGACGAAGAGACCGUGAAGAAACAAUAUAGGAAGCUAGCCCUGCAACUUCAUCCGGAUAAAAACAAGUCCAUCGGCGCCGAAGGUGCUUUUAAGCUUAUCUCCGAGGCGUGGAGCGUGUUGUCUGAUAAGAGCAGCAAGUCGUUAUACGAUCAGAAGAGAAGCGCUUCUCAGAAACGCGGCGAGCAUAAUGGCUAUUAUACGGCUUCUGAUAACAGAACAUCCGGUGCAAGAGGUAGGAAGAGCACCAGUGGUGGUUGUCAGUCUGCCGCCGCUGCCGCAGCGGCUCGUGGGCCCCGGCUCGAUACGUUCUGGACGUCGUGCAACAAAUGCCGGAUGCAGUAUGAGUACCUACGAGUGUACCUAAAUCACAACCUUUUGUGCCCUAAUUGCCACCAGGCGUUCCUGGCUGUGGAGAUUGGGUUUCCGAAUACGGGAGCUAAUUCUUCGUUCUCUUGGUCAGCCGAUCAAAGCCAACACAACUCGAGCUCAACGAAGCACGACUAUAGUUUUCACAAACACGAAGGGAAUUUCGAUUUCUGUAACGCUACGAACUCUUAUGCUCAAACGAGGAAGCAGGAGAAGGCGAAGGCAGCAACUCUACAUAGCAAGAACUAUGUCGUAAAUUAUGGUGAAGGUGGCAUUGUAUCUGGGCAGGAGAGGACUUCUUCUAGAGUCGGGAGGCCUCCUAAAAGAAGAAAAAGUAUUGAUGGUGAUGCUGGUAGAGAUGAGAUAGAGAAGCGGGUUUCUGGCGCGGGAAAAGCCGUUUUGCCUGAUACGGAGAAGCCUAACGGUGUUUCCGGUGAAAAUGUGAAGACUAGAGUCAGCUCUCGGCAGAGCAACUUGAAGGAAUUUGCCCAAAUUAGUUUCCGUAAUAUGCUGAUGGAGAAAGCUAAGGCUGUGAUCGGUAAGAAGCUAGAAGAAUGGAAUGUUGCCGCGGCUGCUAAAUUGUCAGAUAAACAAAGAUCGAAAGGAAAAAGAGAUGAAAAGGCUAAUGAUAAUGAAAAAGUAGCUGACGAACAAACCCGGUUGUUUGGUUCAAGAACUAACGCGAAUCAAGUUUCGACUUUGAGAAGUAAGCAGAUAGCGAUCGACGUUCCUGAUCCGGAUUUCCACGAUUUUGACAAAGAUCGCACGGAAAGAGCUUUCGAAGGUGAUCAAGUAUGGGCCACGUACGAUAAUGAAGAUGGCAUGCCCCGAUUAUACGCCAUGGUUCAAAAAGUCAUUUCUUUGAAGCCCUUUAAGAUCCGUAUGAGCUUCCUUAAUUCAAAAACCAAUAUCGAACUGGGCCCGAUAAAUUGGGUCGCCUCGGGAUUUUCAAAAACAUGUGGGGAUUUCCGAGUUGGCAGAUACGAAAUAACGGAAACCAUUAAUAUGUUCUCUCAUCGAGUUAGAUGGGAGAAAGGUCGGCGAGGAGUUGUUAGGAUCGUCCCCAAAAAAGGCGAUACGUGGGCCUUGUACCGAAACUGGUCCUCCGAUUGGAACGAGCUUACUCCCGAUGAUGUGAUUUAUAAGUAUGAAAUGGUGGAAGUUCUUGAGGAUUUUGAUGAGGAAAACGGCGUAACGGUCACUCCAUUAGUAAAAGUCGCGGGUUUUAAAACAGUUUUUCACAGGCAUAUGGACCCAAAAGAAAUAAGAAGGAUACCAAAAGAAGAAUUGUUUCGAUUUUCACAUCAAGUUCCGUCUCAUUUACUUACAGGAGACGAAGGCCGUAAUGCUCCGAAAGGUUGCCACGAAUUGGAUCCAGCAGCUACCCCAGUUGACCUUCUUAAGGUAAUUACAGAGGUCGAGGAAGAGGUCGUGAUGGCAAAUGCUGAGACCUAAUUGUCUUUUUUAAGCAUCAAAACACACCGGAUGGAUCCCGAAAGUUCGACCUCAAUCGGAUUUCUCGGCUCUAUUGUAUCAUCUAUUAACUUCUCUCACGGCAUUCUGAUAGUAAUUUUUUGGGUUUUACGAACCCUAAUUUGCUCCCAAGAGGGAGUUCACUUCAAGGCUCAUCGCUACCAAAUGGUGGUCUUUUUAAGGUAUGGCUGUUUUAGUUAUGAACUCGCAUUGAGGAGGAGGAAGCAAUGCUUAAGCUUCUCCAUUUAUCCGCACACUGUUGUGCUCAUUUAUUUCUGUUGUAUUUCUUAAAAGGCAAUAGAAUUUCUUCUCUGUAUUCAUCGACAUUUUAAUUAGAUGCUAAUAGGGCAUCUAAACUAUUAAUAUAGUACCUCGUUGACGUGCGCCAGAUCCCUUUAGAGUUAA